CGAAUGUGACGGUUCAUCAUUGAUUCAUGAACUGUCGGUCUCUAUCCGCCAUCUUGAAAGCAUAAUUGUUGUCAUGUUUACGUUGUACUUAUGUGAAUGCUAUAGAAAUUGUUAUUUCUAAUAAAAAUAGAAAUAAUUUGAUGUAACUAAUAAAGUAACGGGUAAAGUGAACUGCCACGAUGUUUUACGCGCACUUUGUGCUGGCCAAAAAGGGCCCAUUGGCCAAAAUUUGGCUGGCAGCUCAUUGGGACAAGAAGUUGACCAAGGCGCACGUAUUUGAAACCAACAUUGAGAAAUCAGUUGACGGAAUCCUAAAGCCAAAAGUGAAGAUGGCCUUGCGUACUUCAGGCCAUCUAUUGCUGGGAGUAGUCAGAAUCUAUUCUAGGAAAGCCAAGUAUCUGCUGCAAGAUUGUAAUGAGGCUUUCGUUAAGAUCAAGAUGGCCUUCAGGCCUGGUAUGGUGGACUUGCCUGAAGAGCAUCGGGAGGCAGCCAUGAAUGCUAUCACUUUGCCUGAAGUGUUCCAUGACUUUGACACUGCUAUGCCAGAGUUAAAUGAGGUGGACAUAGAAGCUCAGUUUUCUCUAAACCAGUCUAGAGCUGAGGAGAUUACAAUGCGUGAAGACUAUGGCUCAUUAAAUCUUGUGACACAUGAUGAUGGGUUUGGUGACAUGGGGUUUGAUGCUGACAACCCUGAUAUUAUGCGAGAAGCCAUUGGGAAUGAAGGGGGGUUAGAACAGAGUAACCUGCUAUUUGCUGAUGGAUCCUCCUUGGAGCUAGCUGGUAAAGAGUCAGGAGUGCCCAGCACAAGUGGUGCAGGGGUGCCAACGAUGGCAACACCAGCUCAUGAGCCCCGCAUGGAGACUGCGCCCCAUGGGCCCAUGGAUGAUGGCUUUGGGGGUACCAUAGGUGAUGUUGGGGAUUUUGGACAUGCGGGCGGUCUAUUCGAAGGGGACUUGUUCGGUGAUGUGACGGCGGGUAGUUCGGCCGGUGGCGCCGCGGCGGGAAUGGCCGGCGCUUCCGAGCAACCACAGUCUUUGCAGGCCGAGAUCGAAGCGGCGGGUGGGAGCGGGCAGGCGGAGGCAGGCGCGGUGGACGAUAACGCGGACUCGGAUGACGACAUGCCGCACUACGACGCGCCGCCCUCCCCCGGCUCACCCCCCUCACCGGGACACAGUUGGGGCGGAUCGCCGGUGCGCGAGCCGGAGACGCCGCGCGCGGACGACGCGGGGCUCAUGCCGCCGCCGGCCGCGCCGCGCCCCCCCUCCACCAUGCCCAUGGAGGUGGAUAGUACGGAGACGGCUGAAGAGGCAGCUCCCCCUGCGGAGGCUCCAGCCACUCCGGCUCCCGUGGCGGACUCCACCACCUUGCUGCAGAACGACGAGGAGUCCUUCGCCUUGCCACCCGUCGACACCACAGUACUGAGAGGAAUAACCAAAGCGAAGCGGAAACGCAAGCUCAUAGUCGACGAAGUGAAGAACAUAUCCGGUGAAGAGAUGAAGAACCAACUGAGCAACACGUCCGAUAUCGUGACGACGCUCGACCUGGCGCCGCCCACUCGCCGCCUCAUGCACUGGAAGGAGACCGGGGGCGUCGAGAAGUUGUUCACUCUCCCCGCUAGGCCGAUACCUUCCAGAGUUCUGUUUAAGAAGUACCAGAGCAACAUGACGCUGCGCACCGACCCCGAGGAAGGCGACGCGGCGCGCUCGCCCGACCCCGCCGACGCGCCCGCGCCCCGCCGCGGCGGCAGGAAGCGCAGGAAUGAAGACGCUAUUCAUCCUCCCGAGACGCCAGCGCCGACUCCCCAGGACUUGGAGCCUCCGACUCCAGUGCCUCAAGACUAUGAGCCAUCUAUUGAGUCGGAGCGCGUCCCCGAGCCGUUCCAAACGCCGCGCCACGAGACCGACGUGGAGCCACCUAACACCCCAGGUAUGCUGAGUUCUCUCGGUGCACCGCUGACCCCUGGCUCGCUGGGCCCCCUGACGCCGGGCACAUUGCUGCAAGGGGGUAUUACUCCCGGAAGCUUGCAACAUGGAGCUAUGACACCAGGAGGACUGACGCCUGUGGGACUUCAACACGGAGAGCAGCCUGAGCUAGCCUUGCACGGAGGAAUGACUCCAGGAAGGAUGACACCGGGUGGAAUGACGCCAGGAUUGGGACUGGGAGGAAUGACGCCCGCGGGACUGGCUCACGGUGGGAUGACCCCCGGAGUGCUACAUCAUGGAUCUAUGACGCCAGGUGGCUUAGACCAUGGAGGUAUGACACCAGUGGGACUUCAGCAUGGUGGCAUGACGCCAGCAGGUCUCCAGCACGGAGGAAUGACCCCAGCCGGCCUUCAGCACGGAGGAAUGACCCCAGCCGGACUUGCGCACGGAGGAAUGACCCCAGCCGGACUUGCGCACGGAGGGAUGACGCCUGCUGGUCUCGCACAUGGAGGGAUGACACCAGCGGGACUCGCGCAUGGAGGAAUGACGCCAGUAGGACUCGCACACGGAGGGAUGACGCCGGUAGGACUCGCUCAUGGAGGGAUGACGCCAGCGGGACUGGCACAUGGAGGAAUGACGCCCGGUGGAUUACAGCAUGGAGGCAUGACGCCAUCAGGUCUUCAGCACGGAGCCCUCCUCCAGCACAGUAUGGAGCAGCUGCCGAUGAUGCCGCAAAUGGGGGGCGAACAGCACCCCCUGCUGGCGCAGUCGGUGCCCGCGCCGCACCAAACACACCACGACCUCAACACCGGCCCCAUGGAGCCGCUGCCUUUACCGUUGGAUCAGGGAGAUUACCAGAGUGGCAUGCAAAUGACGAACUUAGGAUACGACGAUCAACAAGGCCACCACAGUCCGACGCACGACUACGAUCUGCCGCUCAGUGUUGAGAAUACGGAGGAGAGCGAGCGCGAGGCGCGCGAGGCGGGCGAGACGGAGGAGCAGUUCGAGGAGCGCGUGCUCAACCGGCGCGCGGCGCAGCUGUUCGCGGCGAUGCGGCCCAAGCUCGUCACCGGCGUGGAGAUCAGCUUCGUGGAGUUGGCGCCCCGGCAUAACAACAGGAAACAGGUUGCGCAGAAAUUCUACAGUUUGCUGGUGCUCAAGAAACACCAGAUGCUGAAGCUGCAGCAGGAGGAGACUUACGGGCCGAUAACCAUCACCAAAGGCGAUCAGUUCGAAACUGAAGCCAUAUAGUUAGUGAUAAAUCUACAAGUUUCUAUAUUCGUAAAGAGGUGGGCGCCUUUAAUUUAAAAGGGAGGGGGUGUUAACGAUCAGGUUGAGCCAAAAAAUUUGCAUGUAAGUGAAUAUUCGAAUUCAUGGAAACUUUAUGAAGGACCAAAAUAUUAUAUUGCGUUUUGAUCUCAAGAAUCGGAUGCUCGCUAAGUAAUGUCCACUUUUAAGUCGUAAUUAGUUUUGUGGUUUCAAAUUUAUUAAAUCAUUUUAUUGGCACGAUAUUACCUAAAAUAAGUAAUAAAUUACAGUUCAAGUUACAGUUCAAGUCAACAAGAAACAUCUAAAAACUCUCUAAAAGGAUGUACAGACCUUAACAUUAAAAAAAAAAUAACAUUUUGAAAUUUUCAUAUACUAUAUGACAUGUAGCUGAUUUUACAUGGGGUUUGAUACCAAUGCCUCAGGUUAGAAGGCGCAAAAUAGUGCAUUGUACACUCAGAUCAAUUAAAGAAAGACCAGUACCACAACCAAAUGCACAUAAAAGAACAAAAUUGUCUGUCAUUUUCUGAGGAAAACAAGCUUAGAUUUGGUAUGUAUUUUAAACUAAACUAGAAAUUAUUGCAUGUUUUUUUUACACCAUUCGGCUACACACAAAGGUAUUUUUUACGGGGCUCUUUAACCGACGAACACGAUAACUAUGAAACAUCGAUUUUAUAGAAACAGUUUUUAUAAUCUCAUUAGAUCGUUGAUCAUAUACUUUGACAGAAAAAUGACGUCUAGCGAGGUAAGUCCUAUACGAAAAUUGAUCUGAGUGUACAAUAUUAUGAACAUUUCAAAAUUUAAUUUUUUGCAUAAAUGUCAAAUAAUAUCGCUGAAGAUGACUUUCUUUAAUUGUUGCCCUUGUUUUAUUUAAAACAAAUUCAGAACAAGUUAGUGAAUUUACUUUUGCCAAAAGAAAUCUCAAUUUUUAUGCUAGUAAUACUAAUACAAUUAGUCUGUCUUCAUGCAAAGAUUUUAUACUAUAGAUACGAGUAUGUCGCAUCAAAACUGAGGCGAACAAAUGCGGCUAAUUGUCUUAAUUGCAAUGAAUAUGUCGCAUAUUAAACAACGAAAGUUAUUUAAAUAAUAUUUAAAUAUUGUAUACAAUGUAGAGAAACAUAAAUAUAUAAUGGAAUUAAACCCAAAAUUCUGCAUGUGUGUGUUCAGUGGUGUAGCUCAGUUCGGAUCACUUUAUGCGGUAAUUUUGUACGCACGUAACAUAUCUAUAGUAUAAAAUAUCGUUGUCUACAUAAAUACUUUUGAACUUGUCAGACAUCAGUACUAGAAUCAUUGUUAAAAUCGUAUUGUGACUUCAUUGUAACGUCAAUUGAUUAAUGUAAUAUAUAGGAUCGUUUACAGUUUAGAGCUUAACAUUUAAUUUUUUGUUAAUUCUAUUUGAAAGUGAAAUCGAAAAAAGUGGACUUUCCUUUGCGAUUCAGUGCAGUUUCUGUGGACUUGAAUGAAGGAAGUGAAUGGUUUUGUUUGGGUGGGACAAUAUUUUAUAGAUAUGUAGAGAAAUCGCCUUAAAUUUGUUUAUUUUUGCUAUAGAUCAUAAGUGAUAUAAUUAUGGUAUGGUUAUUUUAUUGUUUGACGAUUAAAUAUGUGUUGUUGUUUCCAUACCGCAGAUGUAUUUAACUAAAGACGUAUUGUAAUAAAUCAUGGUUAAGGACCCCAUAAACGAUCAAACUUUUUGUCUUUAUCAAACGUCAAAUAAUUUGAUCCUCUGCUGAUUUGUUUUAGAUCGUUAUUGUGGUGCCUUACAGUAACUGUGUAAUACAUUUUAAUAUAUUGUAAAGAUAUAAUAUCCGACAGUAAAUUAUAUCAUCCAUAUUUCCAUAGUAAGUCUGUCUGUCUGUUACCUUUUUACGUCUAAAUGACUGAACCGAUCAAGAUGAAAUUUUAGGACCUUAAAUAGGACCUUGGAGCAAAACAUAGGCUACUUUUCGACCCCAAAAUAAAAAUAGAAGGGGGUGCAAUAUGGGUUGAAAGUUUGUAUGGAAUGUCCUUCAUUUUUAAAGUUAGUUAUCAAGAAUAUUUGAAUUUUGAAUUUUUUCAAAAGUAAUGAUAAAUAAAUGGGGAUGAAAGCUCACACUAAUUAUUCGCAGACGAAGUCGCGGGCGUCCGCUAGUACUUUAUAUAUGUAAAUUCCAAUUACAUAACUUAUUAUUGCAGAGUUUAUGUGACAGACAGAACAGACUAACUGAUUUGGACAUUUGUGUCAAAACUUCCUAUAAAAACGUGGCUUUAUAUUCUGUUUAAAUUUGGAUAUUUACUACCGGAUAUUAUGUCUAAAACUUUGUGUGUUUGUUUAGAUUGCCUACAUUUGUUGUUAAAAACUUAGUCGUAAACGAUUUGCCGCGAUGACUUGACGCAAUAUUUAUUAUAGUACUUAUACACGGAUAUUAAUCACACUAAUAUUAAAAACGCGAAAGUUUGUAUGGUUGUUUGAUACUCUUGGACGUAGUAACAACUAAACCGAUUUGGCUGAAAUUUAAAAUGAAAAUAGGGAAUACCCUGGAUUAAAAAAUCCAUGGUAUCAUGGUGUGACACGUGUAAAUAGUGUCCCACCUUGUAAGGGGUUGAUGCGUUUUAAAACUUUAAUUAGCGGCGGCGUAUAUUUGAGCAAAGUACACUAGUUGCCAUUUCAUCCAAACAUUACACGAGUAGAACAAUAGGUAACAGCCUAUGGACUUACCUUGCUUUUCGGCUUUCUGAAUGGCACCACUAUAGGAUUUCACUAAGUUAUCAGUUCAGCGUAAUGUGUAAUGACAACUGUCUUUGCUUGCAUAUAUCAAUGAAUUUUUAUAAACUUUUAAUGCGUUGCGUUUGUAGUGCACGAACGUCUUCGAGGGGCGCGAAAAUCGGUGUCCGACCGUCGUCAGCCAACGCGUCGCUUCGGUCGACAGCGCGAAAGCGUUUUAUGACCUUAUUUGGUCAUUUUGAAGCAUCGAUCAUUUGAUUGGUGGCCGUUGUUAGCCACGCAAAAUUGCACCUUACAUGAUAAGCCAUAGGUGUCAUCCAACUCUACAGCGCGUUUUUGUUUUUAUGAAAUGACAACAAAUAGGUAUAUACCUACUUGUACCGGCUCAAGCACACUGGUGGUAUGAAUGUUUGUUACUCUUUCACGCUGCGACUACUGAACCGAAUUAGCUAAAAUCUAGAAUUAAUUAUUACUUUUAUCCCGGAACAAUACACGUUUCCCGUGGAAUAUGAUUAUUUUUGGGGGGGUGCAGCUAGUUACACAUGAUCAUAUAACAUUUGAAUUUACACAUAAUGUAAACAACAUAAUCGAUGGACGCAGUAGACAACCUCGGGUUAAAUAAGUUAAUUUAUUAGAAUCUAUAUAUACUAUAUACUAAUAUUAUAAAGAGGUAAAGUUUGUAAGUUUGUCACAUUUUUUAAAUGGGGUAAUCUUCGGAACUACUGGUCCGAUUUUAAAAAUUCUUUCACCAGUAGAAUGCUACAUUAUCGGGGAGUGCUAUAGGCUAUAUUAUAUUUUGGUAUCAUAUAUAUUAGCCGAGUUAUCACAGUUUUUGUCAUACAGGUCGGACUGAAAAUCCUCUUAAACAGACUUAUUCGCAUGCGCUGCCUUAACUAUUGAGUAAAAUUGAAAAUAAUGUAUAGAGACUUUAUGUAUCUUUAAAAGUUCUACAAAAAAAGUCCGCGACACCAUAUAUCUAUCUUCUAUAUAUUAGCAGAUAUAGUACCUUUUGUGUUUUAAAAAUUAUUAAUUUUAUAUACUUAGGUUUACGUCAUUAUUUAUACAACUAAACUUUAAUUCUUAUUAAAAUAAAUUAUUUAAUAAUCACAAGGAUAUUAUGGAGAUAAGAUUUGCCCUUUACAGUAUGUUAAUUACUUAAAUAGUUUCGGAGAUAAUACAAAAUUUCUAAAAGACGCAGAAAUUCCGCUAUAUGACGCCCGGCGCUUUCAUUUACGUAGUUCCUGUUCCCGUGUGAAUAUGGGGAUCAAACAUAGCCUAUGACACUAGAUCCAGAGAUUACCUCCUACAACCACACGAACUUUACCUCUUUAUAUUAUUAGCAUAGAAGUCUCUAUUUCUCUUGGUCAUACCACCACUCUCGAAGGACUGGACCGAUUUUGCUAAGGGUAGGAGUAAGAUAGAGAAGUUACAGGGUAGGGUAGGGUACGGGUAGGGAAGCGUAGGGGUAGUGUAGGGGUAGGGUAGGUUUAGGGCCGGGUUAAGGGUAGUGGUAGGGUAGGGGUAGAGGUAGGGUAGUGGUAGGGUAAAAGUACGGGUAGGAUAGAGAAGUGGUAGGGUAGGGGUAGGAUAGGCGUGAGAUAGGGGUACGGGUGGGAUAGGGGUAGGAAAGGGAUAGGGUACAGGGAGGGUAGGGGUAGGAUGGAGGUAGGGUGUAGGUAAUGUAGGGGUAGGGUAGGGGUAUGGUGGGGGUAGGGGUAGGGUAGGGUAUAGGUAGGGUAGAUAUAGGGGUUGGGUAGGGUAGGGUUGGGGUAGUAGUAAAGUUGACAUCGAAAUUUACGCGGACGAAGUCGCGGGCGUCCGCUAGUAAUUAAUAAAAUAGACUCGUCUUAUUAAAUAAAAAACAUUAUUCUGUUAUAUUUAAAAUCGUUCGAACUAAUAUAUGUAUAUAAUUACAUUUAUAUAACAAUAUAUACAUAUAUAUAUUAUAUAUAUAAUAUUUAAUAUAUAUUACAUUUAUAUUUUUUUUCAGUGUACCGGCAAACUUUACGGCAAAUCGUUUUUGAGACAUUAUGUUAAAAUUUGUUUGUACGUUAUCAACAUUUCUGUAUGAGUAGUAAUGUGUAAGAUAUUUUAUCAGUCUGAACACUUUAGGUGGUUUUAGGGCAUGAUUUAUAGUGAUACCAAGUUUAAAUAUUCUAAAUGCAGACGAUAUCAGUUCUCGGAUAUAAGAAAAUUAUGUACAAGUAGUUGUAAGAUGAUAAGAAACACCAAAAAGAAAGAUCAUGAAACAUUAUCUAUUGUGAAAAAGAUAAAAAAAUAUAUUUACAUGUUUAUACAAGGUUGUCGCGUGCGAGGUGUGUGAAUGUGAUUUUGUGUAUUUCUUGACCAUUUACAAAAUUAUUGUGUGUUUUGAACAGUCUCCAACCGUCUGCGGGGACGAGUGACUCUGUGGGAUACAUAUUUGUUGAUAGGCCAUAGACUAUUAGAGUAUCCAUUUUGUCAAAGUUUAGCAUAGAUCUCCUAUUAAAAAGGGGAUGCACAAACAGCGACCAAAAAUGUCCCCACUCACUAAAAUAAAAAUUAUUUAUUAAUGAGUGCCAAACACAACUUCUUGGCACUCAAUUUAAGUAGUCGCAUUUGCAAAUUCAACCCUGAACUCAAUUUUUAAGGUUGAAUUUGCUCUGAAUUUGGGAUUUUAUUGAAUAUUGGAUAUUUAAAGGUCUUUAGGUAUAAUUUUCUUUACCAAUAACUCUAAAACUGUCAAAGCAAAAUUGGCCAAUUUUUAAGUGAAAUUUUCUACAUGACUGUGCGUCCUUUUAUUAAAAGAGAUCAAUGUGGUUUAGAGAUUCUUUGUAUGUUGGUACAAUCUGAGCCAUAUUAACGGUUGCUAUACGUAAUACAGUUAUACAAGUAGCCUGACCACGAAAAUUAAAAGUCUCGCCAUGUUGCGGAAAAAAAAGGAACUAAUAUCUUCCAUUAGCAUACUAAGCACAGACUACAAACUGCUUGUGGCGCCCCCAAUUUAGGUUUUUUUAUAUUUCUGGUCAGACUAUUAUAUAUUUUAGGGAAAUUAGUUCUUGUUCUUCGUCGACUCACUCAUCUGCGCAGACUCAAACCCAAAAUGAAUGGAUUCCAAACUGAUGGGUUGCAUCCAUUUUGGUUUAAGUAUGUUUUUUCCACAUUCAAAUUUGUGUAAAAAUUCAAAAGCAUUAAGAAUGCCUGGACGUGUUUAUUGUAUUGAAUAACAUUUAAGUUUAUUAUAUAACUUAUUUAAGCGCGCACUCCCGCUAAAGGUCGAUAUGAUUUAACCAUAUUGACUUUGACACCGCGGCCGUACUCGCUUAGUGGUUUUUUCCAAGUAAAAAUUUUGCAAUAAAACUGUUAAUUAAAAAUAUACAUAA